AUGGCGAGAAUAGCUGAAUCAAAGUCAGCAUUGAAUGUCCUGAUUAUCGUGUUUGUGACUCUCGGUUCUUUCUCAUAUGGAUACUCCGCGUCGAUCAUCGCAUCUACGCUCGGACAGUCUCAUUUUAUAUCCUACUUUCAUCUAGACCCGGCUCAUGAUCCGAACGCGAAUGCUUUACUAGGAGCUACCAAUGGACUAUUCCAGACCGGUGGUCUCUUUGGUGCAUUACUUAUCGGUUACUGCGCUGAUCAUUUCUCCCGAAGAGUUGCCAUUAUCAUUUCAUCAGCGAUCAUUUGCAUUGGAGGUGUAUUGAUUGGCACGGGAUAUUCGAUUGCCGGCUGGGUAGGGUAUGCUUGUUAUCCAUUGAACGGAAACCUUCAGUGGCGCAUCCCACUGGCCUUACAGGCCGUUACGCCAGCCUUACUAUUGAUCGGAACUUUUCUACUGCCAGAGUCCCCCAGAUGGCUUCUUCAGAAUGAUUACCCUGAUGAAGCCCUUGUUGUACUCAAGCGCCUCCACGCUAACGUGCAUGACUCGGAAUUUGAGUUUGCAAGAAAGGAAUUUCAUGAUAUGCAGCAGCAACUCAACCUCGAAAAGGCAGUUGGAAAAGACUCAUACCUGGAUCUUCUGACCGAAAGAAGUAUGCUCAAGCGGGUAGCUGCUGGGUUUCUAACCAUGUUCGGGGCUCAAUGCACAGGGACCUUGGUAAUCAACAAUUAUGGCACUGUCCUUUAUUCUAAUGUUGGUUAUGAAGGACGCAUCGCCAUCGCCUUCACGGCCGGUUGGGUUACCGUUUCCAUUGCCGGAAAUGCCAUCACGGCCAUGUUUGUGGAUAGGCUAGGAAGAGUCAGGUUUAUGAUCAUUGGAUUCAGCGGCAUUGUUUGCGUCCUAAUUGGCGAAAUUAUCUGUUUGGCCCUGCUCGAGAAACGGCAAAGCUAUGGCCUGUCCAUUGCCGCGAUUGCAUUUCUAUAUGGGCAUAUCGCUUUCUUUUCAUCAUGCAUUGACGCGACAACUUACAUCUACGCCUCUGAGAUUUUUCCGACCCACCAUCGGGCCCGAGGACUCAGUCUAUCAUUGAGCGGCCUAUUCCUCGCCAGCUUAUGCUUUACACAAGCGGCCACAUCGGCUUUAGCGGCUAUCUCGUGGAGGUACUACAUUGUGUUCACAGUGACGUCGGCACUCAUGGUUGUCGUGCUUUACUUAUACUUUCCGGAGACCAAGGGGCUCUCUCUAGAGGAGGUAGCAAAGCUCUUUGGAGAUGAGGUAGCUACCGAGGUAUCGGCUUCGGAUUAUGGUGAAGGCGGUCCAGAGGCAAAGCCAAUCGAAAAUCAAGAGGUGGUCUCUGAACACUGUGAGUCUGCGUGA